AUGCGGGCCCCGGGGUCGGACCGAUUCGCCUGGGAGGACCUAUCAAUCGUCUCCUACAACGUACAUGGCCUCAACAUACGAGAGAAGCGCUCCAGGCUUCUGCAGGACCUUAAACACUACAAGGCAUCCAUAGCGUUUCUCCAGGAAGCACACUUGCAGGAAGGCCGAGCUCCAGCACUGAAAGACCGCUAUUAUCGACGGGGAUACUUUAGCAACAACCCAGACUGGCGUACACUAGGAGUAGGCAUUCUCUUCUCUAGCCGGAUCCCGUAUAUAGAACAAGCGACGCACAGGUGUAAACAAGGCAGAUAUAUCUUUACGAGAGGCACCAUUCUAGACCAGACUUACACCUUCGCCAACCUCUAUUCCCCAAACUCAAAGCAACACCACUUCCUACGCACCGUGCUCAACACACUGAUGAAAUUCACGGAAGGCACCCUAAUCAUCGGUGGUGACCUAAACCUGACACUACACCCCGAGCAAGACUCGACAGCCAAACAAGGGUCCACACCGGAAAAUAGAAACGCCAGAACCCUCCCCACUAUCCACUACCAUCAACUCGCGGACUGCUGGCGAGCACACUUUCUACUCCAUGACGCACUCCUCAUACUCUAG